AAACUUAACUUACAAGAGCCGACCCACCCAAAUCUGCCGGGGUCUCUUUUACCUCCACCCAAUCUGCCGCCGCAAUAACCCCGUGAUCACAAUCAGUACCCCGACAACGAACCCCUUCAGCCUAGUUCUCUUCGUAGUUGUACAUCCUCCACUUCCUCAGUCAAAAAGAUUCUAUCAGAAUGUUUGGCGGCGCUGAUUAUCAAUCCCUUGUCUUCCCUCCUCAUAUAAUCUUUACCCAUCGUGGUCUUCGAAUUCAAGUAUUCUUUUUCAGACUGUACAUCUCUUUGUUAGAUCUUUCUCUCUUAAUUUGCAGAAAAUACUUCAAUCGAUGGCCUCCUGGUGGUGCCUAACAUGGUUCUUAACUUCUUUAAACCCAAAGUUUUUGAGCCAUGGAGAAGACACCACACUCUUUUCCUGAGCCAAGUGUCAAAGGAAUAAUGCAACGAAUAUUACUUGACUUGAACCAAUUGCCAUUGGAUAUAAGUGAGGAACCAAAGAAUGAUGUGCCUCCACCUCUCCGUUUCUCUAUUGACUUGACUUUCCAUAAUGAAGAUAUGGAAGUGCUCAAAAAAAAAUAUAAGGUCUUGACCGCAUCAUCAUUUGUCAGCAGGGAUUACUUGAAAAACUUAGGGUUUGAAGAUGGUUGCGCAACUAUGAUGCAUAUCAGAAAUAAAAAGGUUAAAAUGCCUAGAAACUCCAACCAUGCUCUUGCUCGUUCUUUGUUCAAGGAACUCACUAAGAAAAAUGAGGGUGAAGAUUUGAUGGUGUCACUUUAUGAGCCUAUAGAAGGGAACAAGAACAAAAAGAAGGGAAAAGAUCAGGUUGCGCAUCGUUUAGCUGCAAAGAGCCUUUUAAAGGAAUUUGUGUUGCAGUCCAAGGAUCGAUACAGUGUAAUUAGGAAGAAGAGGAAGAAGAAGGUUCGUUUUGAUUGUGGUCCUCUUGAUGGGAUAUGGAAAAAGAAGCUUCCUCCAAAGAAGCGAAGGGGCAUAGUGAUAUUUGACAAAGAGUAUAAUGCUUGAAACUUUCAAGUAGAAAGUGGUUGAAACUAGAGUUUGAUGUUAAUAGUUUUCAUCUUUAUGUUUUGUGGGAUAUGAUUUUCAAGACUUGAUCUUAUUUUGGGUUAUCUAUUGAGAUGUUUUGGAGUAGAGUUGCAAAACAGGACUAAUAAAGACUAGUUUUUUUGUGGGGUA